AUGUCCGACUAUAAACGUGCCACAUUUCAUGAUGAGGAAGUCCAGGACCCUACUGGGGAGACCGCUUCAUCUCCUGAUACUGUAGAGGUUGGAUUUCGGAAAGGAAGAGGACACAUCCUUGGCUCACUUGGUGGUAGAUCUCAGCCAGAAGUUUUUCUAGGAGCCCUUAGUGCUGUUCUAGGAUUGCUACUCCUUGGAUGCCUUAUUGCUUUGGGAGUUCAGCAAGUCUCAGACAAGACUCGCUCCUUGUGUCUCUCAGAGGCCUGUGUUUCUGUAGCUGGCCGUAUACUCGAUUCCCUGGACAGAGACAUAGAACCAUGUCAGGACUUCUACCUGUAUGCUUGUGGAGGGUGGAUGAAGAGGAACCCUCUACCUGAUGGUCGGUCAAGAUGGAACACCUUCAACAGCAUCUGGGACCAGAACCAAGCGGUGUUAAAACAUAUUCUUGAGAAUGCUACAUUUAACUCCAGUAGUGAGGCAGAGAUGAAGACUCAGCGGUUUUACCUGUCUUGCCUGAAGGAGCAGAAAAUUGAGGAGCUGAAAGAAAAACCCCUCACUGACCUGAUAAAGAAGGUUGGUGGAUGGAAUAUCUCAGGUACCUGUAGAGGAGAUAACUUUAUGGCUGUGCUAAAAGACUGUCUCAGGGACGUACAGGGCGACACCAUUCUUUCAGUGUCUUUGUAAGCGCGGACUCCAAGAGCUCAAAUAGCAACAUUAUCCAGGUGGACCAGUCUGGACUCUUCCUUCCAUCAAGAGACUAUUAUUUGAAUAAGACAACAAAUGGAAAGGUGCUAGCUGCAUACCAGGAAUACAUGGUGGACAUGGCCUUACUGCUUGGGGGUGCCAUAGGUUCUGUUGAAGUCCAGAUGGCGCAGAUUGUGGAACUUGAGACCCAGCUGGCGAAUCUCACGGUUCCUCAAGAUGAGCGUCGGGAUGAGGAAAAAAUCUACAACCGCAUGACUGUGGCUGAGCUACAGAAUCUUGCACCUGCAUUUGAAUGGUUGGAUUAUUUAAAUUUUGCACUCUCACCAUUGGAGAUCAAUGAAACAGAGCCUGUGGUAGUAUAUGGCAAGGAAUAUCUACAACAAGUGUCAGACCUUGUCAACAGCACAGAUCCGAUGAUCUUAAACAAUUACUUGAUUUGGAAUCUGGUCCAGAAGAUGUCACCCAGUCUGGAUUCCAGAUUUGAGAAAGCUCAGGAUAAGCUGCUUGAGUCACUGUAUGGGGCAAAAAAGUCCUGCACCCCUCGCUGGCAGACCUGUUUAUCCAAUACAGAUGAUACUCUUGGAUUUGCUCUGGGAUCUCUGUUUGUUAAAUCGACAUUUGAUAAGAACAGUAAAACAAUUGCAGAGCAGAUGAUUGCUGAAAUCCGAACAGCCUUUGAAUUCACUUUAGCAAGUUUAUCAUGGAUGGAUGAGAAGACAAAGAGAACAGCUAAGGAGAAGGCAGACGCCAUAUAUGACAUGAUCGGAUUUCCUGACUUCAUACUGGACACUAAAGAACUGGAUGAGGUGUAUGAUGGGUUUGAAGUGGCCGAUGACUCUUUCUUUCAGAACAUGUUGAAUUUCUAUAACUUUUCAGCCAAACUAAUGGCUGAACAAUUAAGAAAGCCACCUAACCGAGAACAAUGGAGUAUGACACCCCAGACUGUCAAUGCUUAUUACCUGCCAAAUAAGAAUGAAAAUAGUCUUUCCAGCAGGCAUACUUCAGGCUCCAUUCUAUGCUCCUACACAUCCAAAGGCUCUAAAUUUCGGGGGUAUUGGGGUGGUGAUGAUGGACACGAACUGACGCAUGCAUUUGAUGAUCAAGGUCGAGAAUAUGAUGAGGAUGGAAAUUUGCGACCUUGGUGGCAAAAUUCUUCUUUGGAAGCAUUUAAAAACCGUACUGAGUGUAUGGUCAGUCAGUACAAUGCUUACAGUGUAAAUGGAGAGAAAGUCAAUGGAAGACAAACACUGGGGGAAAACAUAGCAGACAAUGGAGGACUGAAAGCAGCAUACCAUGCUUACAAAUCUUGGCUGCAGAAACAUGGUGAGGAAAAACGAUUGCCUGGAGUUGGGCUGUCCAACCACCAACUCUUUUUUGUUGGAUUCGCACAGGUAUGGUGCUCUGUACGUACUCCAGAGAGUAGCCAUGAAGGAUUAGUUACGGAUCCCCACAGUCCUGCAAAGUUCAGAGUGAUUGGAACCUUGUCAAACUCAAAAGACUUUGCUGAACAUUUCAACUGUCCCAAAGGGACCCCAAUGAACCCAGGAAAAUACUGUGAUGUGUGGUGA